AAUAGAAGGCACCACGUGCGCAUGCGAACUACCCAACAAAGGUGCGGGACUGGAGAACCUCCGAGCGGUGCGACAGGACAACGGCAGAGGAUAGGCUGAAUGAAAACGAAAAGACAGAAUAGCCAGGUUAUAAUUACAAUGUUUUGUAGAUAUGUAAGAAAGAAGCUGUCUGCUUCACCACCAAAAUAACGGAAACGUUGCUGUUCUCUCUUGAGUCAAAGAACAGCUUUUUCCCCCUCCCGAAAACCUCGAAAACCUGUCCGACGGAGUCCAUUUCAGCUGGUCCCACCGAGAGAAUGGAUGGGAAACCCCAGCACUAGCAACCCGUUCUGUCAGCAAGAGCGAGAAGGACAAAAGCACGACCAUCUGUGCGUUUUAUGACUGAAAGAGGCUGCCAAUAAGCAGUGAGGAGUCAUUUCACCUCUCCAGGUUACAGCCGCCUAUUGUUUUUUUUUCUCUCCAUACAUUCCGGUGGUGGGAUGCUCCCUUAGGGUUGACUGCAUACAGCAUCAGCGGAGGAAAUAUGGGUGAAGUUCAGGACGUCAGGGAUGCGAAGAAGAGCUUCGUCGCUCCAGCCAUAAAGUCCUUCGAGCAUUAUGACUUUUCCCGAGCCAAAAUCUGUUGCAGCCUCAGAUGGCUGGUGUCCAAGGCUUAUGGAACAGACAGCAUCCCUGCAGAACUACAGGAUCCCUUCUACACUGACCAGUAUGAGCAGGAGCACCUGAAGCCCCCUGUGACCAGUCUGCUGCUGUCUGCUGACCUGUACUGCAGGGCCGGCAGCCUCAUCCUGAAGAGCGAUGCUGCCAAGCCGCUGCUGGGCCACGAUGCCGUCAUCCAGGCGCUGGCUCAGCGCGGUCUCUACGUCACUGACCAGGACAGACUGGUCACCGAAAGGGACCUGCGAAAGAGGCCUCUACAAAUGGGUGCCCACUUGGCCAUGAUCGACACUCUGAUGAUGGCGUACACAGUAGAGACGGUAAAUGUGGAGAAGGUAAUGGCUUGCACUCAUCAGUAUUCAUCCGGCGACUCUGAGGAGGAAAGACCAUAUGAUAUAGAGGACGCUGUGACCACCUGGAUUAACAAGGUAAAUGAGUAUCUGAAAGACGUUGCUCAGGAACAGAAGAAGAAGGAGACACAGAGUGCUGAGCAGACUGGGAGUCCUAGGUCUCCAACCAAGUGGUACAUGAAGCUUGUGCCUGCUCGCUAUCGGAAAGAGCAGGCCUCUACCCAGCUGGCUCCCUGGAUCCCCCCAGUGGACAACCUGCUUAAGGACAGCACAGACGGCUCGGCUCUGGGUGCACUGCUGCAUUUCUACUGCCCUCAGCUGCUUCCCCUGGAUGAUGUCUGUCUGAAGGAGAAUAUGAGUCUGGCCGACCGUCUCUACAACCUGCAGCUCAUUCAGGACUUCUGCAAAGACAACCUGAACAGCUGCUGCCACUUCAGCCUGGAGGACAUGCUCUACGCCUCCUCAACCAUCAAGAACAACUAUUUGGUGUUCAUGGCCGAGCUGUUCUGGUGGUUUGAGGUGGUUAAGCCGUCUUUUGUAAAGCCAAGAAUGCUUGACAAUGAAGGGACAGAACCAUCAUCCAUAUUGAAAAGUAUGCCUUUCAUUCCAAUCUCCAAAGCUACCAAGAGAAGCUUCAUGGAAAGACCUCCAAGUCCUGAAAGACCCAGUUUACCCCUUCGACCCCAGCCUCGUAACACAGGAGAUAUCAAGAGGUCUAGCUCCAUGUCUUUUGUUGAUGGGAAUCUAGGCACAUGGCCCAAAGAGAAAAGGUCUGGGCCUUACGGGGUGUCAUUUGACAUCCCCUUUGAUAAAGGGGAUUCUGCUCCUGCUGUACCUUCCUCUACACGUGGAAUGGUUAGAUCUAUCAGCACUGAUGAUGGUUCUGGUUUCAAGGUCCAGCACAUGCCUCGGGGAAUGAAGAGGAACCUGUCGUUCCAGCCAGUGAAUGGUCAGAGCAUUGGCAUCCAGGAAGAAGGCUGCCCAGAACGCCUUGCAGGGGUGGAGUCCUGCAGGCAAGCAUACCCCAAUGGACAUGGAAGUGUCCUGGCAUCAGCUCCCUCUAUGGAAGAAACCCUCCAGAUCAUCCACAACCCAACCAGACAACCUGUAGAGGGCAUCAACAGUGGUUUCUUUCUGCACAGCCAAGACCCUGGGAACGAUGCUGGUGUCUUGGACCCUCUGCCAGAAUCUGAUUCCAAAGAACUUUUGAGCACCGCAGACACCACCGAGGUGGACACCGGCAUUCACAUCCGGACAGAGGACAUGCUGGAUGAAGACUCCUCUUUGAAAGACCUCUCUGUAAACAUGGACCUCGAUGUGGACACACCAAGCCCCUCUCCAAGCAAUCAGAGUAAAUCUCCCUCGGGAGUGAAGUUGACCAGCUUUGCCGAGCAGAAGAUGAGGAAGCUUAGUCCAUCAGCACCAGAUUCAGGCAGAGGAAGCAGCAGCUCCAUGAAGACCACUCCAGAGAGCUCAGAGUUUGCUCUCCCACUAUCAGUCUCCUGGGCACCAACACCUGAACACAGCCCCAUCCGUCAACAAAACACACCACCCAUUACUGCUCAGACAACACCCACAUCUGUCCAGCUUCCACCCAAUGACCCUGCACAGGUCAUGGCUACAGAGAUGGUGCAGCUGAGGAUAAGGCUCGAAGAGAAACGAAAAGCUAUUGAAGCUCAAAAGAAGAAAGUGGAAGCUGCUUUUACGAGGCAUCGGCAGAAGAUGGGCCACUCAGCAUUCCUCAAUGUGGUAAAGAGGAAAGCUGAUGGGGCUGCUAGUGGGGACGAAGGGGGUCAAACUGAUGGGGAAGGAAAGUUGGUGAGCACAAGUCCCACAUUUAAAUUUGGCCGGAGCAAGGCGGACACACCUGACGGCGCAGAACAAAGCACCACACCCUCUUGCUGGCAGAAGACACCAGGUUCAGGAGAUGAGGGUGGACAAAGCCAUGCUCAGAUCACUGAAGCAGAUCUCUCAGAGUAUACACGUUCAAUCGAAAAGCUCAACCACUCUUUGGCAUUUCUCCAGGCUGAGAUGCAACGUUUAGCUCAGCAGCAGGAAGUGAUCAUGGCCAUGAGGGAACAACAGCAUCAGCAAGCCUGGGUCAUUCCCCCUCCUCAUACAAACCCCUCACCACAGAAACAUCUUCGCCCUGGAGCUGUUACCCGCUCUUCUGGGCCUUCUUCCCCUGCCGACUCACCCCGUUCAACCCAUCGCUCUCCAACCAGCAUCAAACGCAAAUCGGCCUCCUUCCACUCACGCAAUCCUCGCACGGCUCGACCCAGUGAGCUUAAGCUGGCACCGUACAGUCGUGUCCUAACUGCACCGCAGUCAGUCGAUAGCAUCCCGAGGCUGCGCAGGUUUUCUCCUUGCCAGCCUUUGACGAGCUCCUUUAUUUAUAUGGGGGAGAAACCAGCAGCUGCUGGUCCAGAAACAAUCGGCCAAGAUGGGGAUAAUACUAAGGAGACAGAUUCCAUCCUGUGCCCUGAGAGGGAGCUGGCGAGUAUCUGUGCUGCCUGCUCCCCUCACAGCUCCCCCAAGCUGCAGACCAAAACAGAGCAAAGUGAAGUAGAUGCAAACUUCUCCAACCAGGAAACAGAAUCUCACACCCAUGAUGAGAUUUUAAACACUGUAGAAGAUGACCAGAGCAGCACAGUUCAGAAAUCAUUUAUUGAACUUAAACCCACCAUUGAGUCUUCAUUCCCUGAGGUUCUUGCCCACCCUGUAGUAGAAACCUUCACAGUGACGCCAUCAGAGUUACCUCCAAAGCCAGAACCCUCCGGUCAGGCCAAAAGUAGUCUGAUUGAGGUUCCUCUGAUGGCCACGAAGUCUACGGAGGAUCUGACAAUUGAUGAUGGUUUGGAGAUGGAACAAGACAGUACUGAGAGUGCAGAUGAAGAGCAAAUGUUAUGCCGUGGAUUCUUCUUUAAGGAGGAUGGCAAGGCAGAGGAGAACAUGGCACAGAGGAGAGCCGCACUGCUGGAGAAAAGGAUGAGGAGAGAAAAAGAGAGCCAGAUGAGGAAGAUGCAGCUGGAGGCCGAGUUGGAGCAGAAGAAAGAGGGAGCUCGACUGAAAGCAGAGGAGGAGCGAGUCAGGAAGGAGGAGGAAAAGGCCAGGAAGGAGUUCAUCAAGCAGGAGUACCUCAGGAGGAAGCAGUUGAAGCUGAUGGAGGACAUGGACACCAUCAUCAAACCCCGACCUGCCAAGCAGAAGCGGGGUCGACCCAAGUCCAUCCACCGGGACAGCAUGGACUCCCCAAAGACCCCUGUGAGAGCUCCCACAGGUUCACGCCAACGUUUCUUUUCAGUCUCCAGCUUGUCUCUGGCUUCGCUGACCUUGGGCGACAGUGACAGUGUUCACUCAGACAAAAGAGCGCCAAGAAGUUCUAGUUUAGCUUCUAGCAGUCUCUUCUACUUUCUGAACUCUCCCAAACAGAGAAGGAGAAGGCCAGACUCUGCCAAUGGCUUUCUCUCACCGACCCGCUCCAGCAGCAGAAACGGAGAAAAAGACUGGGAAAAUGCUUCAACCACCUCUUCUGUUACAUCCAACACAGAGUAUACUGGACCAAGGCUGUACAAAGAGCCCAGUGCCAAAUCUAACAAGCACAUUAUCCAAAAUGCUCUGGCCCACUGCUGCCUCGCAGGCAAGGUCAACGAGGGGCAAAAGAACAAGAUCCUGGAGGAAAUGGAAAAAUCAGAGGCCAAUAACUUCCUGGUUUUGUUCCGGGAUUCUGGCUGCCAGUUCCGAUCCCUCUACACCUACUGCCCCGAAACACAGGAGAUCAACAAACUCACAGGGAUCGGUCCAAAGAGCAUCACUCGCAAGAUGAUCGAUGGACUCUACAAGUACAACUCGGACAAGAAGCAGUUUAGUCAGAUACCGGCAAAGACCAUGUCAGCCAGUGUGGACGCCGUGACCAUCCACAACCACCUCUGGCAAACCAAGAAGCCAGCCACCCCUAAAAAAGUAGUGCCUGCACAGUCCUAAUAGAACUCUGUACCCCCAAUCAGUACCCAUCUCAGUUUGCACUUCGCUGUACAUAUCCAUAAGGAUUCCAACACCUGCAAUGCCAGUUUGAUGAAUGCUUAUUUAUCUUUUUUAUGUUAAUUUAUCCUCUCACUGCAUUCCUGUCGCUGUCUAUCUUGCAUACUGUUGAGUCAAUCUGACAGGAUGCAUCAGAUUAUGGAAAACUGGAAUGUUACCGUUGAACAAGUUAUUGACAACGUUUGAGUCAGUCUUCAUAGGUACGUAUGAGUAUUGUUCUGUUUUAUUACGUGCUAAAAGUGGAAAAAGAGACAGUAUGAAUGCAAAGACAUUUUACGUGGUAACCUGAAUCACUGAAUGUUUUCAUGUACAGAUGGUUUUCUGUUUGUAUGACUUUGUUGAUGCCGGGCCUUAUGCACAUUUUUUUUCUCUGUGUGAAUGCAUUGAAGGAAUUGUUAGGUUGAAACUUUUUAGGUGUUUUGAAGAGGACCUCUUUUCUUUAACGUCUAAGGAUUUUACAGUUUGUAUGAAAAGGUUUGUGUGACUGUCAAAAGGCCAAAAACUAAUUUCAUACAGCUAGUGUUAGCCACACAAUUCACGUGUGCUCAGCUCAACAAAGCCAAGCGGUUUCAGCUUUUACAGAAUAAUUUUGGGAGUAGAAGAAUGUCGCUGUAAGUCACUGGUCCUUCACCUGUAGGAUACGACACCUAGUGACGAUUCAUAGAAUAAUGUAUAAUGGAUGCUUAAUAUUGGGAGAGAUUUGCAUUUGUAGUGAUAUAGGUGCAAAAAUGACAUUAAGGAUGAAUUAUUCUGUCACACUGGUUGUUUUAACUCUGGAGAAGUUUUAUAGCUGGUUUGUGAGCAAAACAAAACAGCUCAGUAUUAUUUUAUUUAUUUAAUCCUGCAAACAGCACCACGUAGGAACCUUACAAUCAAUAACAUUUCCGCCUGCUGGUUAGAGGAAUAUGACUGAAACUCAAGGAAUAAACAUUGCUCCUUUUAUUCUAAUUUAACUAAAUUUUUCUAGUAUUUUAACUGUGUUACUAAGCUCAAGAUUUAAACUCUUCAGAUAAUAAUACUAAUAAUAUCUACACUUAUGAAAACUGCGAGGCAAUUCCACUAAGCACCAGAAUACAGUCGGUUAAUAGAGCUUUUUUUUUUUUUUUCACUCAGAUAAUUUCUCCUGUUGUGAAGUAAGUCAACCAUACAUCCAAGUAGUAGGAAAUUCUAUAGAAAAUAGCCAAUAAAAAAUAAGUUGCUAUGUGUCUUGUAUAUGUUGACCUUUUGAACAUAAAUAGGUUUUAAAUUAAGUAAAUUAUCAGAUAGUUUGUGUAACAGCAGCCUAUUUGUAUGUUGUCCUCAAACACAACAUGUAUUAUUAAAGCUCUGGAAUGUGGUAAAUAAAUUUAUAUUCUUUGCUAUUUUUAAAAAAAUUGGAAGCAAAAUGUUGCAAGGAAGAGAAAUGCAGGUGGAUCCAAGCUGCUGAAUACGGGUAGAGACUCACCAUCAGGUUUUGUUGGUAUCAAUAUUGUGUUAUUUUUGCCUCCGAAUGUCAGAUUAACACCAUGUGUGAUUUCCUUUUUUCUUUUUCUUUUUUUUUUUUACUAAAUAAAUCCUUAAACAUGGUGCUAUUAUUUUCAUAAGAGUGUUUUGUGGGAAAUGGGGGGUAUUUAUUGCCACAAGGAAGCAUGUACAUGCUUCUGAAAAAAUGUCAUUGAACAUGAGGGAGAGAAAGAUCUGUCCACAGGAAACUGUCCGUUGGCUUUUGGCUGUUGAAGGCCAAGGGGAAAAGAUCAUUUGAAGUGUAAUGAUACUGUACAGCGUGUUCAUGUGAGCUUUCUGUUUGCUACGAUGCCUUUGUUUGUGCUGUCAUUUAACAUUGCACAGUAGUUCCAUUUUUAGAUUGUUCUUAUUUUUGUUUUUGAAAUGAAUAAACUUCAGCAUGGCCUCAG